AUGGAAAAUAAUUCUGCUGAAAUCCCACCUCCAAAUUGGAUUGAUCCCGCCAAAACCCUAGACGGACAAACCUUGGAUCAACGCACGGGUUCUUACUCCAAACUCGAAAAUCCUUUAAUUGUUGAAAAUUCAUCGACGUUGGGCUCUGAAGAGUUGCAGGACGAUUCUGACUUGCUAGACGCAUUUUUGUACAUGGAUGAAGAGAACGAGGAGAAAGAGAGUGAAAUUAGAGAGGAUGAACACUCGAAUUGGUCACCGACCACCGCUUUUUCUGCCGGGCCGUGCUCCAAAAAUUUUGAUUUCAACGGAGAAUCUUUGGCUUUGAAUAUUAAACCCUCGGCCUCAGAUUGGGGUAAAUGGCCUUCACCAAAAAGACCGGCCGAAAUUGAAUCCAAUACACCUGUUUUGACUUUACUAUUGGAAGAUGCCAAGCCUGUAAUAGUGGGAGCAGGUUUUGCAAAUUUGGGCAACACGUGCUUUCUGAAUGCAGUGUUACAAUGCUUUAUACACACUGUGCCACUUCUUCAAGGCCUUUUUUACUCUUCCCAUUCGACUCCUUGUCAAUUUUACAGUGAUGGGUUCUGUGUGCUCUGUGAUCUGCGUGAGCUUGUUGAACUUUCAUUGAUUUCUGCUGGCAGAACUGUCACCCCUGGGAAGCUUGUCAACAAUCUGAGCUAUUUUUCAUCAAGUUUCAGAAGGUUUCAACAGGAAGAUGCUCAUGAAUUUCUGCAGUGCUUUUUGGAUAGACUUGAAAGUUCUGAAAAUUCAAAGCUGAAAGCAGUGUCUUCACGGAAUGACAACUUUGUGAAGCAGGUUUUUGGUGGUCGUCUUGUCAGCAAACUAAAGUGUUGCAACUGUGGUCACAGUUCUGACACUUAUGAGCCAUCAAUAGACCUAAGUUUGGAGAUUGAGGAUGUAGACACGCUGUUAAUAGCUUUACAAUCCUUCACAAAGGUUGAAAAAAUUGAAGAUCCAGAGACUAGGUUUACAUGUGAAGAGUGUAAGGAGCAAGUAUCAGUUGAGAAACAACUUGUGUUGGACUGUGCCCCUUCAAUUGCUGCAUUUCACUUGAAGAGAUUCAAAAGUGAUGGUUGUUAUGUUGAAAAGAUUGACAAGCAUGUGGCAUUUCCACUAGAGUUGGAUUUGCUGCCUUUCACUGGUGGUAAUAAAACAAAUGAUCCAGAACUUAAAUAUGAACUUUAUGCUGUUGUCGUGCACGUUGGAUACACAUCUACUUCGGGCCACUAUUAUUGCUUCAUUCGUGUAUCCCCUGAUACAUGGUGCAAGUUUGAUGAUUCCAAGGUCGUUCGGGUUCAUGAGCAGUUUGUACUGUCACAGGAGGCAUACAUUCUCUUUUAUGCAAAACAGGGCACCACCUGGUUUUCAAAUUUCAUUGAAUCUCAAAAACUAGGCAUCCACUCAACUAUAUUGAACACCUCUCCCAAAUCAGUGUUGGAUAAUGCAGACAUCUAUGCAUCUCCUGUUGUGCAAAAUUAUCACAGUUCUGAUGUCAAUGGAAGAAAUGACACUGCUGAUGAAUCUCUUCCAGAGGAUUAUGGUGAACCAAAACAUAGUGGAGUUGAGAACAUUGAAAAUAAAGAUAAUCGAUCAAGUACAAUAGAUGAUUUGCCCAAAGAGUCUACUUCAUUGCCAAUGGUAGCAAGUAAUUCAUCCAAUGUAACUUCACAUGUUGCUCACAAAGUAAUUUCUUCAAGUUCACUAAAAAAAAUUAACAUCGAGGACGUUGGUGCUGUUGGAAAUAAACCAAAUAUUACUUUAACACCUCAGAGAUCUUCAAGUCCGGAGAUUUACAGAGAAGACCAACCAGAUGCUGGUUUAUCUAUUCCGCGUGACCAUCUGAGGUUGGUGGAUAGUAUAUCUUGUAAGAGAAAAUUGGAGAAGGAUUUGGAUGAUCUGGAAACAAAGCAGGCCUUUUCAUUAAUAAAGAAAAGCAUUCCGGGUUUCAGAGGUCAGCAGUUAAUGGCUGCAUUGAUGGGGCCACGCAGUGAAGGUGCUGUGAAUAAGAAGAGGAGUAAAAGAAUAAGUUCAUCUCCAAAUAGAGGUGAACAUGAUUUCUUGCAGGUAGUCUCAGAUGAACGGGUUAGUUUUCGUAAAUCUGUUAAAUGGAUGGUCCAUGUAGUUUUUACUGGAUAUUUUGUUGGAAUUUCUGUUUCAACAAAUAGGUGA